CGGAACCCAGAUUGUGAAUUGCUGAUGAUCGGAACCUAGGUUGACAAGAUAUUUCAACGAGUGCAUAUUUACGUUUGAGCAUUGUGUUUUCCUUUUUCUUUCUCCUCGUUGGAUAAAAGACCUACGAUCUGAUGUGAACUCAACAGCGGCUAUUACGAGUGGCGCGAUUCUCAAUUUCUAUGGCGGUGCUUACGCUUAGAAUUCGUGUUCGCAGUUUCCGGAACAGCCAAGAAUGGCGCGACAAUCUUCCCGUUUCCGAGAACGUGUAGGACCAGACAUGCCUCCUGUCAUGCAGCAGGGUAAAGGAUCGAAGCGAAAAGGAAAAUUCAAAAGAUCAGAUGGCAGUUUCUCGGAUAGUUCCAACAGCUUUAUUAGACAGGGUUCCGCGGACUCCAACUACAGUCAGCCGUCGUCGGACUUGUCUCUAGACGAGGAACAUGAAGCUCUGCGGCGAGAAACUGAGCGCCAGGCCGUGCUGCAGCUAGAGAAGGCCAAAACGAAGCCGGUAGCAUUUGCUGUGAGGACGAACGUUUCGUACGAUGGCUCACUUGAUGACGACUCCCCAGUUCACGGGUUCGCGGUGUCUUUCGGGGUCAAGGAUUUCUUACAUAUAAAAGAGAAAUUUAACAAUAACUGGUGGAUCGGCAGACUUGUGAAGGAGGGCUGUGAUGUGCGCUUUAUUCCGAGUCCUGCUAAACUAGAGCACCUGCGAGUUCAGUCUGGAAGUGGGGGGCGCUCAGGGAAACUUUAUACUAGUAAAACCAAUUCUUCCUCUAACAUAGAUAACCUCCUUGCUAACUCAAAGUCAUCAAAUUCUCGAGGUUCUACACCUCCAACACCAGGUGUUGAGGGUGAUCAGAACGGUAUCGACAGUAACAUGGGAGAGGAUAGCGAUAGUUUAGGCAACUCGAAAACCAGCAAAGCGAGUAUAACACCACCUACCAAGGAAAAGAGGAAACCAUUCUUUAAAAAGUCUGAAUCGAUACCUCCUUACGAAGUUGUGCCUUCCAUGCGGCCCGUGGUGCUGAUUGGUCCCAGUUUGAAAGGUUACGAGGUCACAGACAUGAUGCAGAAAGCGUUGUUUGACUAUCUGAAACACAAGUUUGAAGGAAGAAUUAUUAUCACACGGGUGACUGCUGACAUAUCGCUGGCUAAACGCUCUUUGUUGAACAAUCCAAGCAAGCGAGCCAUCAUGGAACGGGCCAAUAGUCGUGCGGCUGGGCUUGCUGAAGUCCAGGCUGAGAUUGAGAGAAUCUUCGAGCUGGCGCGGGCAUUACAGUUAGUGGUGCUGGACUGUGACACAAUAAACCACCCCUCUCAACUGGCCAAGACCUCCCUAGCUCCCAUUGUAGUGUAUGUUAAAAUAUCCUCCCCUAAGGUUUUACAAAGGUUAAUCAAAUCUCGGGGGAAAUCUCAGAGUAGAAAUAUGAACGUUCAACUUGUCGCUGCUGAUAAACUAGCUCAGUGUUGUCCGGACAUGUUUGAUGUGAUAUUGGACGAGAACCAGCUGGAUGACGCUUGUGAUCACCUCGCCGAGUUCCUGGAGGCGUACUGGCGUGCCACCCACCCCCCCAACGUCACCCCCCAGUCCCCGUCACACACCCAGCACCAUAGGACUAUGCCCUCACCGAACCCGUUGUCCCGCCACAACACGAUCGCUCACAGUCGGUCGGGCAGUUUGGAGCGGGUGACGCGGCGACGCGAUGAAUCGCCUGAGCGACGCGAUGACUAUGAUCACGAUCGGCCAGAUCACGAUUCAAGCCGGCGGGACCCACGUGCUUUCGAUCGGGAACGUGACUUCCAGACGAGUCAGGACUACGAGCACCACGAGAAGGACUUCGAUAGGGGCCGGAGCCACGAGUACGAGGCGCACAGAAAGAACAAAGACAGUGAGCGUUACAUAGACUCAAGGGUCCGCCACCAUAGUGCCGAGAAAAAAUAUCCACCUAUCAGACAGGGGAGCAUCGAUAUCUAGCUAAGACUUAGUUAGCACCUUCAGGCCCAGUUUCCACACGGUCGGACAGAAAUAUUCACCUAUCGGACAGGGGAGCAUCGAUAUCUAGCUAAGACUUAGUUAGCACCUUCAGGCCCAGUUUCCACACGGUCGGACAGAAAUAUUCACCUAUCGGACAGGGGAGCAUCGAUAUCUAGCUAAGAUUUAGUUAGCACCUUCAGGCCCAGUUUCCGCACGGUCGGACAAAAAUAUUCACCUAUCGGACAGGGGAGCAUCGAUAUCUAGCUAAGAUUUAGUUAGCACUUUCAGGCCCAGUUUACGCACGGUCGGACAAAAAUAUUCACCUAUCGGACAGGGGAGCAUCGACAUCUAGCUAAGAUUUAGUUAGCACCUUCAGGCCCAGUUUCCGCACGGUCGGACAAAAAUAUUCACCUAUCGGACAGGGGAGCAUCGAUAUCUAGCUAAGACUUAGUUAGCACCUUCAGGCCCAGUUUCCGCACGGUCGGACAGAAAUAUUCACCUAUCGGACAGGGGAGCAUCGAUAUCUAGCUAAGAUUUAGUUAGCACCUUCAGGCCCAGUUUCCGCACGGUCGGACAAAAAUAUUCACCUAUCGGACAGGGGAGCAUCGAUAUCUAGCUAAGACUUAGUUAGCACCUUCAGGCCCAGUUUCCGCACGGUCGGACCGUAAUAAUAAAGUUUGUUAUACAGUGAAAAACCAGAAUUUCCUCAAAACCAGAACUCUUGUAAAUCAGUUUCCUCAAAACCAGAACUCUUUGUAACUCAAAGUUGCCUCAAAACCAGAACUCUUUAAAUCAGUUUCCUCAAAACCAGAACUCUUGUGAAUCAGAAUUUCCUCAAAACCAGAACUCUUUAAAUCAGUUUCCUCAAAACCAGAACUCUUUGUAACUCAAAGUUGCCUCAAAACCAGAACUCUUUAAAUCAGUUUCCUCAAAACCAGAACUCUUUGUGACUCAAAGUUGCCUCAAAACCAGAACUCUUUUUAAAUCAGUUUCCUCAAAACCAGAACUCUUGUGAAUCAGAAUUUCCUCAAAACCAGAACUCUUUUUAAAUCAGUUUCCUCAAAACCAGAACUCUUAUGAAUCAGAAUUUCCUCAAAACCAGAUUUUUUCUAGAUUUCUUUUUAAAUAUCAGUAAUAUCAUAGCCUGUCUAAACCUGAUAGCGCUUAAACCAGACUUACUUGCUGCCGUGAGUGUUUGGUUUAGAGGAGUUUCACUCUAUAUAUACGACCGGCCUCGGUGGCGUCGUGGUUAGGCCAUCGGUCUACAGGCUGGUAGGUACUGGGUUCGGAUCCCAGUCAAGGCAUGCGAUUUUUAAUC